AUGCUUGACACGUCACAGACCGAGGUAUAUUGUCAAGACCUCGCGAAAAGAGCGUGUUCACGAAGUCUUGAGCCAUCGCGAACAGCCAGGCUUCACGGGGUCUUGGGUCAAGAGAUCGCAAAGCUAGCCUGUUCGCGAGCCGAGUUAAAGACGUCGCAAAGCGAGCCUUUUCGCGAUGUCUUGAGUCAAGAACUCGCGAAGCCAGCCUUCUCACGGGGUCUUAAGUCAAGACCUCACGAAGCCAGCCCUCAAGACUUCGCAAAGCCAGUCUGUUCGCGGUGUCUUGAGUUUGUUGGCGAAGCCAGCCUGUUCCCGAUGGUAUUCAAGACCUGGAGAGCAGGCCCUUCGCGACGCUGUUGCACACAUGUUGCAUCCCCCAGACUCGCCGCAGUAUGCGUACGACAUCAGACUCAAUCCCAAGAGACCAUGAUUAGUCUGACCAUCAUUGUGCAAUCUAUGUACCACCAAUCGAAUGUAAGCGAUUGCUAA